GAGCACGCUCAACUCAGUGAUGCUGUCAACAUACAGUACAGAGACACAACAGAAGCAGUGCAAACAAACAGCUGCCAGCAUAACGCAAAGCAAGCCAAAAAAAAAAAAAAAAAGAAAUCCCUCAGUGACUGAAAUAUAAGGAGUCUUGUGGUACACUAAGAUUUCAUGAAGUAGUUUGUGGUGUUUACAUUAAGAAACAAAGACAAGUGCUUUGACUGCAGGGCUGACUGACUCGCUGGCAAAAAGGAAGUGCAAACCUUCAGGUCCAUCCACCAGUGACUCAGUGGCUGCCAUGGAUUCGGAAGAUGAACCCUUGUUGCUCCAAGGUACCUGGAACCUAAGUGAGUUUGAAGAGCAAGAGGAGGAGGAAGAGGAGGAGGAGGAGGAGGAGGAGGAGGGGGAGGGAGAAGGAGGAACAGAACAACCAAAUGGAAAUGAGCAGGUCUGUAAAGGGUUGUGGUGGGCUUUCGGCUGGGUGUACACGCAACCCUGGGCGAGCGGACUGGUUCUGGCCGUGGGAUUUCUGGUACCCUUUGCCCUCUCGGCUUAUAUGUUCCUUCGCUGUGAACCGCUAGACAUUGACCUUUCUUACAGCGCAUUCGAGGUCAGGAGUCAUGCCUCAGCAGAACGUUUUGACGCUCUCGCCAUUGCCCUGAAAAGUCAGUUGGGGUCUUGGGACAGGCACAGGCGUGACGCCGAGGGAUUUGACCUUGAAGCCAAUGCUCUGAGGGACCUUUUUUUGCUCAUGGUAAACAGAAAAGGGAAGGACGUCUCUACAAUGGUGAAUGUCACAGAACCUGCAGGGAUCUUGGGACAGAUUGAGACGGGGGCACACAGUGACAACAGAUGGUUUGGAAAUGAGAAAAACAACAAGACUAAAGAGGAAAAGACAGAAUCUGUAGCAGUAAGCCUCAAUUCAAGUGAUGUUGGAGAUCACAGGAAACUAGACUCACCCUUAAUGAGGAAGCGAAGAUUUGCGGGUUACUCCUACCUCCAGACCCAGGCUCUGUGGAGGAUAGAGCUAGUGUUCGUGGCCCAGGGCGACAAGGAUAACAACAUCUUCACCCCUGAACGCCUUCACACCAUACAUCAUGUAGAGAGACUUCUAAUGCAGCACCCUCAGUUUCAACAGUUCUGCUGGAAGCCACUGGAGGCGUUGCGAGACUUGCCUUUGGGACCUUCCUUCUGCUCCCCUCCAAGCUCCCUCCUGUCCUACCUCUUUCCUAGUGAGCGUGGGGGGAAGAUCUACUAUGAUGGAAUGGGACCUGAUCUAGCCGAUAUACAUGGUGCCCUGAGCUUGGCCAUCACUCAUCCGCAAUUUUACUGGUACGUUGAUGAGACACUCACACCGGAUCAGCUUCAGUCCUCUCUUCUUCGCAGUGAGAUACAUUUUGGAGCUCCUCUCCCCUCCUUCUACUCUCUUCAAGACAGACCUCUAGAACAGAGACAUCUCUUCAGAGACUUUGUGGUGCAGUAUGCGGACAUCCUCUCACAACAAUCCACCAGUAAAGUGAAGGUAUUGUAUGGAGGUACGGAGUUAUUUGACGAUGAGGUGCGGAAGACCUUCCACAGUGACAUGUUGCUGGCUUUGUUCAGUGGGGGAUGCAUUACUGUCCUUGUGUACGUUCUCACCUCAUUUUCUGUGUUUCUGACAUUCUUUGGCUUGGCCAGUAUUGGUCUGAGCUGUCUCGUGGCACUCUUCUUGUAUCAUGUGGUGUUUGGAGUGCAAUAUCUCGGCAUUCUCAAUGGAGUGGCAGCUUUCGUCAUCAUAGGCAUUGGUGUGGAUGACGUGUUUGUGUUCAUCAGUACGUUCAGACAGUCAGCCCACCUGACUUGUUCAAUGCAGCGUAUGAUUUACACAAUAAAGACAGCAGGCCGAGCCACGUUCCUCACGUCCUUCACAACAGCAGCAGCAUAUGCUGCAAACACCUUCUCACAGAUCCCAGCGGUUCAUGACUUUGGUCUGUUCAUGUCUCUCAUUGUGAGCUGCUGCUGGCUUUGGGUGUCCAUACUCAUGCCUGCUGCCCUUUGCAUCUGGAGCCAGUGCGGAGCUGCCCAUGCCAACACCUGUCCCAAAUGGUGGAGCACUCUAACUAAACUGUCCACCAGCCCCAGUCCGCUCUCAGAUGAAGAUGAUGUUGCUCUAAUAACGGUAGAAAUGGAACCAGGUGUGUAUGACUCUGAAUCAGAUGCGGUGCUGCUGUCGCUCUCGGCUGAAUCUCCUUUGGCAGUGUCCACUGAGGGCAGUGUAGGGGUGGUCAGCGCUCACCUUCAGAGGCUCCUGAGACACUGGGUGGCAGAGCCUGUAGUGGAGAAACGGAAAACCAUUAUAGGUGUGUAUGUUCUGGUACUGCUGGGCUCGGUGUGGUGCUGUUGUCUCCUGCGGCCGGCCAGUCACGCGCCUGUGCUCUUCCACAGAGACACCAACCUGCAGACACUGCUGGACCUGCGCAGCAACCUCAGCGCCCAGGGCAUCGCCUGCCAUAUGUGCUCGGGUGUUUUUAUGGAGCGACCUCAUAAUCUGCACAGCACUGCUGACUUCACAAGCUCUACCUCAGGGAAUCAUCCCACAAUUCCCUCAAACCAGACCAAGCCAGCAUCCAAGACGAACAGCACACAGAUGCUCGCAGGUGGUCUGCUUACUGUAUAUGUGUUUAAACUGGAGCUGGGCUCUGCUGUUCCUCUAUAUCGUUAUUCACUAAGUGCCAGUGUACCUGCACCCUGGCAGGCAUCAUCGUCUACACACGGGGAUGUGCCCUUCUUUCAGGCCUACAGCAGUCCCCAUAGCAACUUCAGCACACGGAUGAGCGUGUGCGUUUCUCACGCGUAUCACCCGCGGCCGCGCUGGAUGCUGACUCUGCGCUCGUGUGACGCCAGCCGGCGCUGGAGAUCAGAGUUUGAUUUCUACGUGGCGUCGUUCGAGCAGCAGCACAGCAGGAAGCUGUAUUUUGCCCAGCACACGAUCAGCCCGUACCCCAGUCGUGUGUGUGAGGGGCCGCCGGGGUGUGUGUUCAGCUCUGGACCGGAUGGACCCACUCAGGGCAGCUUCUACGCACCUCUACCUGCAGCUCCUACCCAGGUUAAAAUCUCCAGGACCUCCGGCUUUAACCCCUGCAGUGGAGGUCAGUGUGGGAAACCAGCAGUGCGUCCUCUAGUGGACACCGGAGCCAUGGUGUUCGUGGUGUUCGGCAUACUGGGCAUCAACCGCACUCAGCGCUCAGACAACCAUGUUAUUGGAGACCUGGGUAGUGUGAUCUAUGAUCCAGACUUUGAUGUUUUUAAUGAGAUCGGGCACUUGUGCAAGCUGUGCAAAGCCAUCAGUGCCAAUACCAAGCUGGUGAAGCCUGGUGGAGCUCAGUGUUUGCCAUCAGGUAACAGCCUCACAUCCAUCCUGCCGUUACUCCAUCCUGAGUGUCACUCUCUUCCGGAGCCCAAUCUGUUGCCUGGCCAGCUAUCCCAUGGUGCAGUGGGCAUGCAGGGUGGUAGAGUGCACUGGAUCUCUAUGGCUUUUGAAUCAACCACCUACAAGGGAAAGUCUUCAUUUCAGACUCACUCUGAUUUCCUCCAAUGGGAAAGCUUCCUGCAGAAGCAGCUCACAUCACUCCCAGCAUCCUCAGCUCUGAGACGAGGCUUCCAGACCUGCCAGCACUGGAAACAGAUCUUCAUGGAAAUUAUAGGUGUAGAGAGCGCCCUCUACAGUCUGCUGCUGUCACUUGCCAUUUGCAUAGCGUCAGUAGCUGUGUUUACUGCUCAUCUGCUGCUGCUGCUGCCAAUCCUGCUGAGCAUUCUGGGUAUGGUGUGUCUGGUGGUGGCGGUGAUGUAUUGGCUGGGAUGGGAGAUGGGUGCAGUUGAAGCCAUCUCUCUCUCCAUAUUGGUGGGCUCUUCGGUGGACUAUUGCCUUCAUCUAGUGGAGGGAUAUUUACUGGCGGGGGACACUGACACCUCAGGAGUGGCUGAUCACAGUUCGGAGUCCUCCAUCAAACGGCAGACACGGGCCCUUGAAGCAGCCAAUCACGUGGGCGUUGCUAUAGUUUCCAGUGCCGUGACGACGGUGAUUUCAACCAUUCCGCUAUUUUUUUGUGUCAUCGUACCUUUCGCCAAAUUCGGUCAGAUUGUGGCCAUCAACACGGCCAUUUCCAUCGCCUUCACGCUCACCGUCACGACCGCGCUGCUGGCCACGAUGGGACCCGGCGACUUCACCCGUCCUCCCAGAGCCGUGCUCAAAGCCGCUCUGGUGGUCCUGAUCGUGGGGGUCUGUGGAGGUGUGCUGUGGUGGACCGGAUCACAGUUCGCUCCGGACACACUGAUCUGAAUCCAGGAAGCAGGUGGAUUUCAAGAGAGCGACCGUGAUUAUUUGAGACGACAUGUGUGAACUCUUUGGGAAGCAGGUUUGGGAAAAUGAAGUAUUUAACAUACAGUGGUGGCCAAAAUGAUUAGAACACUAGUAUUUUCAGCAGCUAAUAAAUGGUUUUAAGUCAGUUAUUUCUAUAGUUUACAGUCUGCAUGAAGGUAGCAGAUGUGGGAAAUGAUGUCGGACACAUUUAGAUGAAUAACUAUCAAGAAUCGCUCUGUCAGGGACUUGUGUUUAAUGUUAAUGUAUGACUAAAAGAGCUGACUAUUCCUCGGUGUUUUCUAUUUUAUUCACAACUUGGACUGGAGUGACUCGGAGGGUCGUGAGGACGUGUCUUAUUUCGGUUCAUGUGUGACGAGGCCCUGAAGUCUCAGCAGAGGAGAACAUGAAUUCUGUGAAUUCAUCUCGUGUGUGACACCCGGACAACACUGGAGGAGAAAGAACGU